CGCUCGGGGCCGCGGCGGCGGCGGCGGCGGCGGCGGCGGCGAUGGCCCCGGAGCGCGGCGCCCGGCCGGCCGCCGCCGAGCCGCCCGGCGGCACCGAGGGGCUGCCCAAGGCCUUCCUGCAGAGCCUGCGCACGCUCUUCGACAUCCUCGACGACCGGCGGCGGGGGUACGUGCACCUGCGGGAGAUCGAGUCGCGCUGGCAGGGCGCGGAGGCCCGGGAGCUGCCGCCCGGGGUGCUGGACGGGCUGCGGCAGGCGGCGCCGGCCAGCGGCUACCUCACCUUCGAGCGCUUCGUGCUGGGGCUGCGCGCCGCGCUGCUGAGCGCCGACGGCGGCCUGCCGGCCAAGGGGCGGCCCGCGGGGCGCGGCGCCCCGGCGGAGAAGGGCGGCGGCGGCGGCGUGAGCGCCUCGCGGAGCCUGGAGAAGCUGCCGAGCCCGCAGGGCGCCGAGGAGCGGCGGGGGCAGAGCGGCGGACGCCGGGAGCCGGAGCCGGGCCAGCCCCGCUGCCGAGGCGCGGAUGCUAAGCCUGCUGGGCAAUCCCAGGGAGAUGGCGGCCAUGCAGGGGCUGGAGAUGCUCGGAGGCAUCAGAGGGGACGUGCAGAACACCGGAGACACACGAUCACCAAUGGCGUGGACUUCAGCAUGCUGAAGCAUAUGAAGGAGCUGGAACAGGAGAAGGAUUUCCUGCUCCAGGGUCUGGAGAUGGUAGAACGUGCCCGGGAGUGGUAUCACCAGCACAUCCAGUUUAUGCAGGAACGCCAGAGACUCCUGGGAAAAAACAAAACCAGCACUGACUUCCUCCCUGAUGGCAGCCAGAACCACCUGGGGCGACUGCUUCCUAAGCUGCAGGAGGUGAACCGCUGCAUCAGUGACCUCCUUUCUGCUGCAGGCAAGCCCACGAACCCUUCCUCAGCUCUGAACAGGCUGGGCCCUGCAACCGCUGUGGUGUCCCCAGCCUCAGCAGGGUCCCAGCAAACCAUCAGUAUGCUGAAGGAGCAAAACCGACUUCUCACCAAGGAAGUGACUGACAAGAGUGAACGCAUCACCCAGCUGGAGCAGGAGAAAUCCGCCCUGAUCAAGCAGCUCUUUGAGGCUCGGGCCCUCAAUAACCAUGAAACAAGCCAGCUGGACUCCACUUUCAUCUAGUGUCUAUCUCCCAGAGCUCUUGGUGGCCCCACACUUGAGCUCUCCCCUGGGGUUUCAUGGGCUGGGACUCUUGCCUGAAUCCCAUUGCAUCCAUUGCUCCUGGUGUUGUAUCUCAAGGCCUGUGGAGAUCCAGAACUGACCAUGGUACAUCUGCAUGAGGAAGCCAGAGGAAAGCACUUCUCUGAUCCGACCUGGGGUGUCUCCCCUCUUUGCUGUGCUGCUGGGCUUGGUCAGCUGCACCACUUGCAAGCUGCUCCUUUUCUGCCUCUAAAACUGACUGCACUGACUGUACCCCCUACCCUGUGUCCUCUCAUGCUGAGUGCUACCUGCACUGUCUGUGUGAGGUCGGGGUGGGGGCCUCCUGUACCCUUGGCCUGAUUUAGGCUGAAUUAUGGCUGCUCUCUGAAAAAGAUGAUAUCUUUAACACUCCAGUUGGCAUCUCCAAGCAAGCCUGGCCACUGAAGGACAGCCUGUCCCUUGCUUAUGACUCUGUCAGAGGACAAGAUUGAAGAUCGGUAAUGGGGCAAGUGUAGCCCUUCCCUGCUGCCCAAGUUCUGCCUGCCACUGCAGCCAAGCUGGACUUAGAGCAAUACCUGAGCUGGUGCUCCUCCUAGGAUAAUCUCUCUCUCUGGUUUGGAGUAGUGUUGACAUAGUUGUUGUUUACACAUCUGCAGGCUUCUGUAGUUAAUGAGCCAUAGACCCAAAUGAGAUCCCAUGUACCUCUGAACUACUGUUUCAGGCCGUUUGCAGAUUCAGGCAGACACUGAAUCAGUUUUGUUUGACCUGGCAAAUGUUUCCUUGUGACUGCUAGGAUUAUAUUUUUUGUGAUUACUGUAAAAGGAGAGGUUAUGUCCUACAGCAUGAGGACUGCUGACAGAAAGCUGAUUUCACAGAGGGGCUUUGGAAGUAGUUCUUAUCUAACUGAACGUGGGUGAUGGAGAGGAGGCUGAUGGGCUCUUUCCUUUGCACAUCUCCAAGUGGAGAAAUGGCAGCUUUGCCUAUCCUGGUGUUGUACCCAGGCUCCCCUGGGUGACAUCCUAAGUGUGAGCUGCACCCCUCUCUGGGUCUCUUGGGAUGAUGGUGGUAGUCUAAACAUGUUGCUGUUGGACUGGUGCAUCUCAAGAUAUUUCUUCCUUCCCACCCGGCUCAGUGGCUGGGGCUGGGACUGAAUGGUGUCUUCCACUGUGUCUUGGUAGUUUGUAUUUAUGGUAUUUGCAUAGGAGGUCCUUGUGAAUCCCCAUGUAGCACAGACCUGGCCCUUUGCAUCCUGGGUAUUUCUCUCCAGGGUUGUUUCAUGCUCUGACUCUCCUAGCACAAUGCCGUGGCACAAUGCACUGAGCUGAGCAGAGGGUGCUGGGCCUGCCCUGCUCCAACAGAUUCAACUCUGACAGGCUGAGCGCUGUGCAGAUCAGCUCCUUUCCCACAUCUGGGAAGAUGCUGUUACCCGUACAGCACUCUCUGUCCCAUCCAGCUCCUCUCUCAGAGUUGAUCUUGACCUGCAGCUGACUGCAAAACAUGCAGUCCCUGCUCUUCCCUGGUGUCUGCUGCCCCUGCCAGAAUGGGCAUCAGCAAAGUGCCAGGGAGAGGGAGGAAGAGCCAGGCCAGGAUAGGUUGUGUCCCAUGGCUGCAGGAAUAGGAUGUUAUUUAUCCCCUGGGCAUCAGUUCCUCCCAUCUCUUCCAUGAUGGGAGUCCAGUGCCUGUUUUGCCUGAGGCUUAAUAAAAGUGACCCUCCUCCUAACCUUUCUUUAAGGAUAAUAAAGUGGGAUGAACUAUUUAA